CAAUAUUUCCAUGCUCUUGCCCACAUUGAUUCAAUUGAAAUAUUCAAAUUUGCACAGCGUUUAAAUUAAUAUUUAAAUAUAACCAGUAAAAAUCAAAAAUUGUAUUAUCUAAAGUAGAAAUUAAUAAAACAAAUAAAAGAGUUUCCUAGAAAUCAACGAAAGUGAAAUCUCCUCGCAAAAAAGUGCUUAAAUGCCAAGUGCAAGCGUGAAAAUGCAUAAACCCUUAAAAUUCCAACGCCUGCUGCAAGUUUUGUCGUGUCACGCUUUUAGCGCACAUUUGCUGCAGCAACAAUGAGUAGUUGAGGGCACGUGUCCGGAGGUGUAGUGCGUGCGUGUGUAUUGCCCCGCUCAUUCUCACAAGCCGUGCACAACGUAACGCUUAAAAGUUCUUGUGAUUGUUGUUGUUGUCAUCUAGCGCGUGUGCGUGUGCAUUGCACGACGCUUGUACCGCAUCGGUGCUGACCAAACGCUUAAGAGCCGCCUGUGGCCGCGCACGUGCGCCGCGCUGCAAUGCAAGCGAACAGCAGCGGUCGAACGGCUUUAUCGGCACAAUCAUCGGGUACACCGUCGCAAUCAACGAUCUCGUCGUCGGGCAAGCAACAGGUUGUCGAGUUAUCGGGCUACGUUAUUAUAUUAGUGAAAAAUGUUGAAGGCAAAAUCAAGUUGUACGGCUCACCGCCCGAUCGCGAUAAUCUGGAAGUGGGCGAUGAGAUACUCGAGGUCAACGGUCUGACCUUGGAGAAUAUCUCCUAUGCGGAAAUUAUACGCCACAUCUAUGAGUGCAUAAAAUCCUGCACCAUCUGCCUGCGUGUGCGUAAGAAGAAUGACACCAGAUUGGCUUGGGACAUUGGCAAUUCGGUGCAGGAGGCCUUCGUUAUCGCUGUCGAGGAGCAUGCGCGUGAGCGUCUGAAACGUUUGGCGGCGCUGAAUCGGGUUACACCGGUGGAUAUAACGGAAGUGUCGAAAACGCUGCAACAGACCAAAGGCGGGUCGCAAUCAACACAGAAACAAGAUCUGAGCUUCCUUAACGAGGCCUCGCCCAUUUACGUCACCUCGUUCACCAGCACACAGAUCACGUGCAGCAGCUCCACUGUCACCACCGCCACCGCCGCAACUGCCGGUCUCAUUACCUCGUCGACGAUUGCGCCAACCGCCUUGGCGACAGCGACGGGCAUCACCACAACCUCGGCUAUUGUGCAUGCGUCGGCGCCACAGAGCUCUACAGGCGCCGCCGAUCGUAAUGCCAACCAGACAUCGGCAGCAAUUGUGAGCGCCACAGCAGCAGCGGCAGCGGCCGCAGCAGCAGCAACGAAACUAGCCAAUCACAGCGGCAGCAGCAAAGUCUACCAGCAGCAGCAGCCGUCAGCGACAAAGCCAGCAAUCGCAGGUAAAGCUCAACAACAACCACCACCGCCACUCACGUUGCAGUUCCAGCAGCAGCAGGCCGCACAGGUAGCGCAGUUGGCGCAACUGCAGAAUCUGCAGACGCCAACCAUUGCGAGCAGCUUGCAGCAUUUGGCCGUCGCUGAGGAGGAGGACGACGACGACGAUCUAAUCGGCGUUGCCGGCAACUACUGUAGCAUUAAUUUUAUAAAAUACAACAACAAACACGCACAAUUGCCACCAGCCACAUCGGCGGUGGUACUGCCCGCGGCAGCAGCCAGCCAGUUUCAAAGACAACAGCUGCAACAGUUGCAGCAGCAACAGCAACAGCUUCGGCAAACGAAAUCGCACCCGCACAUCCCGCCCCCACUGCAGAUCCCCAGCACAAUACUUGUCGAUGCACAAACCUCCACCUCACCGCUGGCCGCGACCGCUGUGGGUCAUCUAAAGGCACCGCUGGCAGCGGCGACUGCGAAAUCAACGACAGCAACAGCAGCCACAACAGCUGCCACCGUUGCCACAGCAGCAGCAGCUGCUGGCUCCACCACCCCCACAACCGAGUACUCAACAGCCAUAUCCAGCAGCCAUCUGCAGCAGGCGUUUGCCUCGGCGGCCGCAGCGGACAAGCAGCAAAAGCAGCAGCAGCAACAACAGUUGUAUAACAACAACAACGUAACAGCAGCAAAUUUAGGCGCAGCCGCUGUAUUGAGCAACAACAAUAAUAAAGCGGUGCCUGGUGUCAUUGUGGAACAGCCCACAGCUGGCGGUGGCGCGGGAGUGAGCGCGGCUGCGGCUGGGGGCAGCGGGCCGUACGGUAGUAAUAUUAGUAGUAAUUGUGAUUUAUUAAUAUCGAAUAAUAUACAACCACCGAGACGAGAGUUACUAACUACACUUAACGAAGAUGGCAGACACUUUGAUGGCGAUGCGGCAAAUAGCAACAACUUCAACAAACAAAGUGCCAGCGGCAGCAGUAAUAGCAACGAUUUGCUAAAUAUUACAACAAAUUUAUACGAUAAUAAACAAAUACAACAGUUAAGAAGUAGUAGUCCCAAUAGUAGCAUAUCAAAAGGAAGAACUGAACUUUUAUUAGGAGAUCAAAGUUUAAGGCAGGAAAUACGGCCUCGCCGUCGUUCUGGCUCCAGCAUAGUCGUUAUUGAUGGUGACGAUUUGAAGCCAUGCUUACCGGACGACUAUAUUAGUAGUCAGCAUUAUCGACAGCAUUCUGGUGAGAGCAAAGAAAUCGAUCAGGAAAUGUUGACAAUGCUUUCAGUUAAUCAAGAUAAUGGUCCACAUCGUGAGAUGGCUGUCGAUUGUCCAGAUAAUUUUAUCGCGCGUAAUAAGACACCACCACGUUAUCCACCACCACACCGUCCACCACAGCCACCAACACAAUACAAAACCAAUAACAAUACACCACAACAACAGACACCGACUGCAACACACAACAGCAAUGGCGUUGGCAAUAAGCAGGCUUUGCCGACGCUGAAUAAUAAGUACGGCGCCACCAGCAGCAAUCCGAAUGGCAGCAACAGCGGCGAGGAGUUCGAGUUGGUGGCCAUCGAUGGCGGGCUGCUGCACCGCGCCGGCUCUGCUUCCUUUUCGUCCUCGUGCGAGGAUUCAAUCGGCAAGAGCUCCUACGAUUCCAUUGCCUAUUGUCAUUUACAUAACAAGCAAAACAACAACAUCAACAGUCUCAACAACAAUAACAUAAACAACAAUCAACACAACAACACGAGCAAUUCAUCUAAUUCAUCAACGCCAACGAAGCGUGGUUGCGGCGGUAUUGCCGGUGGCGCUGGCGAUAGUAGCGGCUCGAACGGCUCGUCGCCUUGCGCCAACGCAGCGCCAUUGAUUGACGGUUUGUGCGGCGCUCCGCCCGAGUAUGAGCUGCUGCCGGUUUCGAUGUGCAAGCAAGUGGCUGCGAGUCUCUUGCAACCAUCGUCGGUUAAGCACCGCGAGCUGCCCGUCGACGUGCCGGACAGUUUCAUAGAGAUCGUGAAGACGCCGCCGCGCUAUCCGCCGCCACCACAUCUGUCGUCGCUUUCAUCACAGCUGUCAUCGAACUCGUCCACUUCGACGGCCAACACUACACUGACGCACAUCAACUCAUCGUCAAACUCAUCCACCAACAACAAUAAUCACAACAACAGUCACACUAAUGAUAACUCCUUCUCGCCCACGUGUUCCUCCAUCUCGGGCUCAUAUUCGGCGCUGGCAUCCAUCUCGGCCACGGGUGUCGCAACACUGUCCGCAUGCUCGCCGCUCUCCACGGAUCAUCAGUCAAAAUCAGCAAGCACAAAGUCAACGUCCGGCUGUCAUCCACUGAAACAGUUGGUUAAACAGAAGAGUCUGAUAUCGUUGGGCUCGCUGAGUGGCUCCGCGGAGAAAUUAGAUAAAUCAACAGCAACGCAACGUCAACAACCGCAACCGCAAGUGCCAACGGGUGGCGGCACAAGUGCGGUCGAUGGCUGCUUGGUGAGCAAAAGUGCCAAGACGUCAUCCAAGCGCAACGAUGAGUUGAAUGGCUCUGUGAAGCCCGUGCCGCCGCCGCGUGAUCACCUGCGCGUCGAAAAGGAUGGCCGCCUGAUAAGCCGCACGCCCGCGCCGCAACUGCCAGAUCGGCGUUUGGCCAGCAGUGGCGUAGGCGCGCCACAGCAGAUAGCGCAGAUUGUCGAGCCGACGCUGGAGCAGCUGGACAGCAUCAAAAAGUACCAGGAGCAACUGCGUAGACGUCGCGAAGAAGAAGAACGCAUUGCGCAGCAGAAUGAGUUUCUACGCAACAGCUUACGUGGUUCGCGCAAGCUUAAGGCGCUGCAAGACAACAAGGCGGCGGCGCAACAGCAGCAGCCGACCUCUGCGGAGCGCGUUACGGGCGUGGAGAACGAGGCGUACCUGGACGAUGAGGAAGUCGAGAAAGUCAAUGGCUAUGGCGAACUGAUCGCUGCGCUGACACGCCUACAGAAUCAACUUACCAAAAAUGGUAUGUCCACACUGGCGAGUCGAGUUUCGGCUGCCCACAAUGUGCUGAGCAGCGCCGGUGUGGCACAUGCGCUUGCUGCGCGUGCAGCCGUACUGCAACGGCGGCGCCCACGUGUCGCUAAUCCAGUAAGCGUGAACGCCACCUCGCUGCAAAAGGAUAUUGUCGAACUGCUAACGCAAUCGAACUCGGCCGUGGCUAUCGAGCUGGGCAAUCUGUUGACGAGUCACGAAAUGGAGGGUCUGCUGCUGGCGCAUGAUCGCGUUGCAACGCUAACCGAUGCCACACCAUCACCCAUACUUAGUGGUUCUAGCAGUCCCCAGCAAACAUCAACAGGCGCGCCAGUGCCACUACCCAAGAGCGCAGCGCUACGCGGCACAGCAGUGCCACCGCCCGUAGUACCGCCACCGCUGGCACAACGUAGCGCUAUGCCACUGCCGCAGAAUAUGACGGCGCCGCCAGUACCGCCACAGCAUGGUGGUUUCAUGAAGCAACCGAUGCGUGCCGAUUCGCCACCACUAAGCGCCUGCUUUGGCACACUGAAUGACCAGAAUGAUAACAUACGCAUCAUACAGAUUGAGAAGUCUACUGAACCACUCGGCGCGACGGUGCGCAAUGAGGGUGAGGCGGUCGUCAUUGGACGUAUAGUGCGUGGCGGUGCUGCCGAAAAAUCCGGUCUGCUGCACGAAGGCGAUGAAAUACUCGAAGUGAAUGGCCAAGAGUUGCGCGGCAAGACGGUGAACGAAGUGUGCGCGCUGCUUAGCUCCAUGCAGGGUACGCUGACGUUUCUCAUUGUACCCGCUGGUAGUCCACCGCCCGGUGGUGGCCAUCGCGAGAAUGCAGUGCUGCAUGUACGCGCCCACUUCGACUACGAUCCCGAGGAUGACUUGUACAUACCAUGUCGUGAGCUGGGUAUUAGCUUCCAGAAAGGCGAUGUCUUGCACGUGAUUUCACGUGACGAUCCUAAUUGGUGGCAAGCGUAUCGCGAGGGCGAAGAGGACCAAACGCUUGCCGGUCUCAUACCUAGUCAAUCGUUCCAGCAUCAGCGUGAGACCAUGAAAUUGGCCAUUGCCGAAGAAGCGGGCUUGGCGCGCAGUCGUGGCAAGGAUAGCAGCAAGGGCGCGACACUGCUGUGCGCGCGUAAAGGUCGCAAGAAGAAGAAGAAGGCCAGCUCUGAAGCGGGCUAUCCGCUGUACGCUACAACCGCGCCGGACGAAACGGAUCCCGAGGAAAUACUCACCUAUGAAGAGGUCGCCUUAUACUAUCCACGUGCCACACACAAACGCCCUAUAGUGCUCAUCGGCCCACCGAAUAUUGGGCGUCACGAGUUACGUCAGCGGUUAAUGGCCGAUUCGGAUCGCUUCUCGGCGGCAGUGCCACUUUUCUAUUUAUUAGAGGAGAAACUCAAAAAGGAUACGUCACGUGCGCGCCGCGAAGGUGAAGUCCCCGGCGUUGAUUAUCACUUCAUCACGCGCCAAGCCUUUGAGGCGGACAUACUGGCGCGCCGCUUCGUCGAACAUGGCGAAUACGAGAAGGCUUACUAUGGCACCUCGCUGGAGGCCAUACGUACAGUGGUGGCGAGUGGCAAAAUUUGUGUGCUGAAUCUGCAUCCGCAGAGCUUGAAGCUGCUGCGCGCUUCCGAUCUGAAGCCGUACGUGGUGCUGGUGGCGCCGCCGAGUCUCGACAAAUUGCGACAGAAGAAAAUACGAAACGGUGAACCCUUCAAGGAGGAAGAGCUCAAGGACAUUAUAGCCACUGCCCGCGAUAUGGAGGCACGCUGGGGCCACCUCUUCGAUAUGAUAAUCAUAAACAACGACACAGAUCGUGCUUAUCAACAGCUGCUGGCCGAGAUCAAUUCGCUGGAACGCGAACCGCAGUGGGUACCAGCCAGCUGGGUGCAUAAUAAUCGGGACGAGUCAUAAAGUCAUUGGAAAUAAAGUGCAAGCGAAAUGAAGCGUGAAAUGUACGUAAAACAGGGAUUUGUGUAUAAGGAAAAUGAACUGGAAAGUAGAACUAAUUGCAAACACGAAGUGAAAACACAAAACUAGGUGUAGUGCUGAAGAUAAUUGUUUCAAAAAUGCUGUUGAUUAUGCUUUUAUUAAAUUUCUAACACCGUACUUGAGUUUCCAUUUUCCUCUACUGGUUUCUUUUGUUUGUUUUUGAAUAUCCCACACCUUCGGAGCUUUUACCACGGUCAUGCGCUUACACUGAGCUUAUUAGCUUUCGCCAGGCGCAUGAGCUCUCACAGAGUUUCGGAGCAUGCAACAAGCUUCAGCGUUUUCACCAAGCUUCUGCGCUUUCACCGAGCUUAUGAGCUUUAAUUUUAACUUUUGUGAGCUUUCACUUCAAAAUUACGUUCUUCUGAAAAAAUGUAACGUUUUUAGUCGCCACUUUACCAAUAUUGAUCCACAGUGUUCGUGUUACUACAAAUACAAACAAAGGUUUCGCGCCGUGCUCGUGGUUUGAGCGUGCAAAAGCAUAUGCGAAAGCUUUAUUUCCAAACGAAAAUGCAAUACUUACAUAUAAAUACAAAUAUAUAUUAUUUACUUGAACAUACAGUAUACAUACAUUUAUAUAUAUACACUUACACACACAGAGCAAAAUUGAACGUUUUUAUGUAUAACUUGUUGAUUUAGUAAUAAAAAUAUAAUUAUUUGAAAUUUGAAAUAAUAAAAAGUAUGAAACAAAUUAUGCAUGCAAACUAUAUAUAAUUUUUAAAUCUAACAUUUAACGGUCUUAUUCAUGAAAAAGCAAAUUUUAUGAAAAUAGAAAACAAAAUAAUGUUAAAAAUUGAUUUUAAAGUAUUUUUUCGACAAUUAAUUAAAAUGAAACUAAUUUAAAAUUAAUUUAAAAAUUUUUUUAAAAAUUAAUUAAAAUUUUAAAAAAUUAUCUAAAAAAUAUUUUUAAAAAACUUAUUUAAAAUUUUUUUUUUGAAAAUUUAUUAAAAAAUAUUUUUUAAAAAUUUAUAUAAAAAAAUGUUUGAAAAUGAAUUUAUAAUAUUUUUUUAAAUUGAUAAAAAUUAUGAAAAUUAAAAAAAAACUUACGAAAAAUAAAUUUUUUUAUUAAAAUUUUUUAUGACAUAUUUUGCAAGAUAUAUUUUGUUUAAUUUUAUUCAAAAAAUGUUUUAAUUUUAUUGUAUUGGUUAUAGUUUUUUUAUGAAUUUGACCGUUUCAUGUACUUAUACAAAUACAUACACAGACAGUAAAAAAAGUUUCACAAAUAUUUUUAAUUCUUAAUUUACUUUAUGUAUUAUAUAAUGUGCUGCAUAUACAUAUUUACUAAAUCAAAGAAAUUCCUUAAUUACAAAAUGUAUAUUUUUUGUUUUUGUUUUACUUAAGUUAGUUGUUUACCUUUAUCUUUUCGAGCGUUUCUUAUGUGUAAAAAUUAGUUAAUGAAAAUAAGAAAAAAGUUUAAAAAUUAAAGGAAAAACAAGAUCAGCUGUUUUUGACAAAUAUUUUGUAAACUAGUAAUUUAAGCUUAACCAGACAAAAACAAAAAUACAACAAUAAUAAAUAAUAUAAAAGUUAAAUGCAACAAAAGGGUAAAUCGAACCACAAAACAAAAAAGAAAUAAAAAAGUUCUUGCGUCGGCAGAACAAACGAGCAACCGUUCCAAAGGUUUUGCGCGCUUCAAAAAUAUAUAAUGGUAUGAAAGAUAACGGCAAAAAGCAGAAUUCACUAAAAAAGAAUUUACUUUAAACACACGUACCAUAAAUACUAAAGAUAACAACAACAAAAACACAAAGUGCUGCUAGUAACUAAACAGAACUUGCAAUUUAGUAAGCAACUCAUAUAAGCUAGUUAAAAACAACAAAAAAAAAAAAAUACACAUACAAAACAACAAUAACAAAAGCAAAGAACAAAAGCCACACAAAACGUGAGAGUAACACACACAAACAGCAAAUAAAUUCACCUAAAGUCAACACCAAAAGCAAAAAGCCGCAGCUCAAGCCAAGCUUUCACUGCACAAACGCGGCGAAAAUGCAAAGCGAGUGCAGCUGAAUUUGGAGAAAGCGAAAUUUUGUAAAAUAUCUGAUGCAUUACGGCUAAGUAUCAAUCGAUUUCAACAUAACCUCAAACAAAUAACCGUUAAACACACACAUCGCUUAGGCACAGCUAAACACAAACGGCUAGCCAAGUGAGCAAGGCGCCACUGUGCGCUCAGCCCAAGUGUAUGCGGCUGGCUUAAGGUUCUGUAGGAAAUAUUAACAACCAAAAAAAAGUAAUAAUAAUAAAAUAAAAUAAAAUGACAUAAAAAAAUUAAAUUAAAUUAUAUAAAAAAACAUUUAAAAAAAUUAUAUAAAAAUCAUUUGCCGCAGCGUAGGCAGAAUAGAGCUAACUAAGCAACUAAAUUUAAAUGCAACCAUAUACAGUUAUAUAUGUAUGUUUGUAAGAGUAUAGUUGAAAUUGUUUAUUGAUUUGUUUUCUAUUGAAAUUUAUAUACUUAUUGUGUUGUUAGGCCAAAGUAAUUGAAUUCAUAUGCGCUGCAAAGCGCUGGAAGAACACAUGAAAAGUGGAAAAGAAUAUGCAAAACAAAAGUGGAGAACUUAAUGCAAAAUGAAAUUUAAAUGCAAAAACAAAAAAAUAGGCAUAACAAUUAGAGCAUAGCGCCAAAGUAGUUAUGUAAAAUUGUAACAAAAUUCAGAAAAUUAAAAAAAAAAACAGAUCAACGCAAGGCUGCAAAAAUCUGUAAACUGUUUAUAUUUCAAAACUAUAUAUAUUUUUUAUUUAUAUUUUUUACAUAUUUAUAUUUAUAAUCUUUAUGUCACAUUCGCUUUUUUUUAUUAACACAUUUUUUUAUUUAUUUUUAUUUUAUUUUUAUUUUAUAUUUAAUUUUUUUUUAGAGCUUAUUUUUUUAUUUAACUUUUUGGUUUUUGAUAUAACAUAAAAAUUUUUUUUUUUAAUUUUUUUAAAUUUUUAUUUAUAUGGUUCAUUUAUUGAUUUUUAAAAAUUUGUUUUAAAUGGUCAACUUUUUUUGCGAUUGUUUAUACAUUAUUUCUAUGUAAGACAAUUUUUUUUAAAAUUAUUUUAUAUUUAUAUAUGUAUAUUUUAUUUUUUAUAAAUAUUUUAAGUUUUUACUUUUUUUUAAAUAUUUUUUAAUUCUAAAAUUAGAUUUAAUAAUAUAUUAAUUUUUUCUUUAAUUUUUAUGGAAGACAAUUUUUUUUCAAUCUUUUUAUGUAUAUGAAUAAUUUCCAUAAAAAAUAUGAUUUGUUGCGGCCUACAACAAUCACACACAACCGUAGCAGAAAAAUUAUCGCCAAUAAAAAAAAUUUAAUAAAAAUAUUCAAAUUGAAACCAUAUGAGCAAAGUGUGCAUGCAGGGUGUAAAACAACAAACGAAAAUAAUAAAAAUAAUAAAAAAAAAUAUUA